UAGCAACAAAAAUAAACACAAACGCGUCGACCAAUCAGGGAGCGCGUAGAGGCGUUCCACAUUCCGCUGUACAGACUGUUUACUUCCGUCAAUAUUAGAGGGAAGAGAGAAGAAAUUUCGUCCAGCAACAAAGAGGAAUCGCGAUGCCGUUCUUGGGCCAAGAUUGGAGAUCUCCUGGCUGGAGUUGGAUCAAAACCGAGGAUGGAUGGAAACCCUUCGAGUUUUUUGGGGCUAACAGCAAAGAAUUUCAGCUGGAAGAACUCGACAAUGAAAACAAAGAGAAUUUGUACGCAGAAAAUGUGUGUGAAGUAGCUGCCAAGAAAAGGAAAAAGGACUACGUCAACAACAACACAAAAUCACAGUUUCUAUACAAGGAUCGGUGGAUCUACGUUCAGAAAGAGAGCACGAGAGAGAGACACGGCUACUGUACGCUGGGGGAAGCUUUUAACAGGUUGGACUUUUCCAGCGCCAUCCAGGACGUGCGCAGAUUCAACUACGUGGUCAAACUGCUGCAUUUAAUCGCUAAGUCCCAGCUGACGUCUUUGAGCGGCGCUGCACAGAAAAACUACUUCAACGUGCUGGAGAAGAUCGUGAGAAAGGCUCUGGACGAUCAUCAGAACCCAAGGUUGAUUAAAGCCUUGCUGCAGGACCUCAGCUCAGUUCUCGGGACUCUCAUCCGUGAAGUGGGCAAGUCUGUACUUGUAGGCAACAUCAACAUCUGGCUCUGCCGCCUGGAAACCAUUCACAACUGGCAACAACAGCUCAACAAUUUACAGAUCCCGAAGCGAAUCUCCAACGGCAUGACACUGAGUGACCUUCCACUACACAUGCAGAACAACAUCCUGUACAAGUUCAGCGAUGCCUGUGACAUCAUCAACCUGGGACAGGCCACGCCCACACUGCACAUGCUCAGUGAGGACCGGCAGCUGUGGAAGAAGCUGUGCCAGUUCCACUUUGCUGAGAAACAGUUCUGCAGGCACUUGAUUAUGUCAGAGAAAGGCCACGUGGACUGGAAGCUGAUGUUCUUCACGCUGCAGAAGUACUACCCAAAGAAGGAGCAGUACGGCGACACACUCCACUUCUGCAGACACUGUAGCAUUCUCUUCUGGAAGGACCGACAUGUGGCUUGGCUCUUUAAGGACUCGGGACACCCCUGCACGGCCAACGACCCCGACAGCUGCCUCACACCUGUCUCACCCCAGCACUUCAUAGACCUCUUCAAGUUCUGAAGUUCACACCAUCUGCUGCACAGUGAAGGACUGAAUCUAUAAACACCUGAGUUCUCACUCCUGACUCUGAUUUCCUUGUGUCUGACUCCAGACUGCGCUCUUCUCCUCCUCCCCGUUAGCAGCAGUGUGGGAGCGAGCCGACAUUCCUGUUGUGUGUUUGCCGUUAUUGAACGACUGGCAUUCUUCUUUUCCUCACCCAAACUUUAAGGGCUUAUUAAUCCUAAAGAUGUCAUGGUGUUAGAGUUUUCUCGUUUCUCGUUUUCAUUGGGUUUUUUUUCACUAUGUUCAGUGCUGGUCUGUGGAAUAGUUGGGUGGAGUUAAUAAAGAGGCUUUGCUGCAUGCUACAGUGAGAGAGGGACAGGAAGAAUUAGAACGAGGCUUUUCAUAGUAACUGAAUGCAUGUUAACGUAGCCGUAGCGUCGAGUUAUUUCGUCGCUAUUUCGUUGUGUUGUGCAUUUAUCUGACGUGUUUGACACUAAAGUGUACAUUUGUACCAGUUGCUUUUUGCCAUAUCAAACUUGACUUUUUAUGAUACACUUUUCUCAAAACAAAAAAUAAUUAUGUAAGCACUGCUAUUUAUGAGCUAAUGUAUUUUAUAUUCUUUCUUUUGCACUUUGUAAUAUUUCUUUAAUAUUCCUGAAACAUUUCUGUCAAUAAUCAAUGAAGUUGGCCAAUCAGAAGUGUGGCCUUUGAUGGUACUGAUGAAGAUUUGCUAAAAAUAUGAAAAACCUUUGAUGAUUAAACCUUUCAUGGGGAAAAUGA